AUGAAAAUCAUCGUCACAGGCGCAACAGGCUUCGUCGGCACCGAAGUCCUCCGCCAAGCCAUCCACCACCCAUCAAUCACAUCCAUCGUCGCCCUGGGACGUCGCUCUACACCCGCCCCAGAGCCCAACUCCAAGUUCAGGGCCCUGGUGUGCGAGGACUUUUCCAAAUACACCGAUGAGAUAAAGACGGAGUUCCAGACAGCAGAUGCGAUCAUCUGGCUCAUGGCCGUGACGCCUUCUAAGGCCAAGGCCCUGAAGUGGGAUGACGUCCGUAGGAUAUGCUACGACUACACCGUCACUGGACUUGAUACACUGUCCGCUGUGCAGAGGAGUGGCCAGCCAGUCCGGUUUGUGUACGCGAGUGGCGCGAAUGCCGAGCGGGAUCAGAGCAAGAAGCCUUGGAUUAUGGGCGACAUGUGUCUGCUGCGGGGAGAGGUGGAAACCAAAGUCCUCGAAACGGCAAAGCAGUCAAACGGCGUGUUUGAGAGCUGCGUCCUCAAACCAGGAUUGAUAAGCGGUCCCGGACGGGAAGGCAUCCUGAUGAGCACGACGCAGAUGCUUCUCAAGGCUGUGGCCGGCGUGCCGAAUCUAGAAGUGAGGGACAUGGCGGCCACGAUGCUAGACUUGGCUGUGAAGGGGUUUGAAAAGGAUACAUUUCUGAACGAGGAGAUCAUCCAUAUUGGACAAAGGGCACGUGGGGAGUUGAAUGCGUGA